AUGACAAGGCUAGCAACCCUCAUCACCCUCGCAGGCCUCUUGGCCACAGCGCCUGGGACGUAUGCACAGAGAAACAGAAACAUGACGGGCGGCACCACCGGCGCAGAAGGUCUGCACUCGUUAGCCGUCAAGGCCGGCUUGCUCUACUUCGGCACAGCCAGCGACGUCGGCAACUUCGCCGACGAGCGAUACAUGAGCGUCGUCAACAACACCAAUGAGUUUGGCAUGAUCGUCCCGGAGAACUCGAUGAAGUGGGAGUCCAUCGAAAGGGAGUCCGGCCGCUUCUCGUUCGCCAAUGCGGAUCGCGUCCGCGCCAUGGCCAAGGCCAACGGACAUAUGCUUCGCUGUCACACCCUGGUCUGGCACUCGCAGCUCCCGAACUUUGUCAGAACCACCGCCUGGACCCGGGAGACCCUCACCGCCGCCAUCCAGUCCCACAUCUCCAACGUGGUCGGCCACUUUGCCGGUGAUUGCUACGCCUGGGACGUAGUCAACGAGGCUGUCAACGAGAACGGCACCUUCCGCAACUCGCCUUUCCACCGCACCCUCGGCACCGAUUUUCUCGCCAUCUCGUUCCGCGCCGCCGCGACCGCAGACCCGAACGCCAAGCUGUACUACAACGACUUCAACAUCGAGACGCCGGGGCCCAAGGCCACCGCCGCGAUGGGCAUAGUGCGGCUGCUCAAGGACCAGGGCGUGCGCAUCGACGGCGUCGGCUUCCAGGGUCACCUGACGGUCGGCCGCACCCCGACCAGGACGCAGCUCGCGGCUCAGCUCCAGCGCUUCGCCGACCUCGGGGUCGAGGUAAGCUACACCGAGCUCGACAUCAGCCAUCGGUCGCUGCCAGCGAGCAGCCGCGCCGUGCAGGACCAGGCCCGCGACUACGAGGCCGUCGUCGGCUCGUGCCUUGACGUCGACGCCUGCGUCGGCAUCAUGGUCUGGCAGCCCACCGACAAGUACAGCUGGAUCCCCAAGUCGUCCCCCGGCGCCGGCGACGCCUGCCUGUUCGACGCCGAUAUGAACCCCAAACCGGCCUACACCAGCGUGGCCAACCUCCUGGCCGCCGCCGCGACGGACCCUUCCAUCGUCGCGCCGUCAGCGGGCGUUACGUCGUCAGAGGUGCCCAUCCGGGCGGGGGCUGGCCGGGAGUCGGUUUCCGUCGCCGGUGUCGCCUUGGCCUUGAGCUCGUUGGCCCUCGGCAUGUUUAUGCUGUGA